AUGGGUCGAAUUGGUAUAGUGGUUUCUGAUCUUGUAUUGUCCUUCAUGUGGACAUGGACAGGAGUUCUUAUCAACAUCUUAGUUCACGGAGUACUCGGAUUUAGCCGGAAAGAUACGACCGGCGAGAUCGUCCGGUAUCUCUUCUCCAUUAUCUCCAUGUUCGUCUUCGCCUUCCUUCAGAAACUCUCCAAUGGCGGUCUUUACAAUCCUUUAACCGCUUUGGCUGCUGGUGUCACCGGUGGCUUCAGCACUUUCGUAUUCACCGUCCUGGUUCGAAUCCCCGUCGAGGUAAUAGGAUCAAUCCUUGGGGUGAAACAUAUCAUUCAUGUUUUCCCUGAGAUUGGGAAAGGACCAAAACUAAACGUAGCAAUCCAUCACGGCGCAUUAACAGAGGGAAUACUAACGUUUUUCAUUGUAAUGCUCUCAUUGGGACUAGCAAGAAAGAUACCUGGAAGUUUCUUCAUGAAGACUUGGAUCGGUAGCCUUGCUAAGUUAACUCUCCAUGUUCUUGGUGCUGAUCUAACCGGCGGAUGCAUGAAUCCUGCAUCGGUUAUGGGAUGGGCUUAUGCACGAGGUGAACAUAUAACAAAAGAGCAUUUACUUGUAUAUUGGCUUGGACCUAUAAAGGCUACAUUGCUUGCUGUUUGGUUUUUCAAUGUUGUGUUCAAGCCUCUGACCGAAGAACAAGUGAAACCUAAGGCAAAAACUGAAUAA